AUGGCGGAGGAGGCGGCGCGGCGGGCGGUGGCGGCGGUGCCGCUGCUGCGGACAGCGGCGGGGCCGCGGGACCGGGAGCGUUGGGCCGAGCGCCUCAAGGAGGAAUACCGGGCGCUCAUACAGUACGUGGAGCACAACAAGGCCUCUGACAAUGACUGGUUCCGCCUCGAGUCCAACGCGGAAGGCACGCGGUGGUCUGGGCGCUGUUGGCACAUCCAUGAGCUGCUCAAGUAUGAAUUUGCCAUUGAGUUUGAGAUCCCGGUGACGUACCCCAACACUGCUCCUGAGAUCGCCAUCCCAGAGCUGGAUGGGAAAACGGCCAAAAUGUACAGAGGGGGCAAAAUCUGCCUCAGCGACCACUUCAAGCCCCUGUGGGCCCGCAACGUUCCCAAGUUUGGUUUGGCUCACCUCAUGGCACUGGGGUUGGGUCCAUGGCUGGCGGUGGAGAUCCCCGACCUGGUGGCCAAGGGCCUCAUUCAGCACAAGGAGAAGUGAGCGGCGCUCAUGGGGGGGGGCUUCCCCCUCCCUCCCAGGAGGUGCUGCCCUCCCCCAACCCCCUGCCCCCCUCAUUCUG